GGACACCCAACAAAGACAGAAGAUGGGAUUGGUCAAUGCUAACACUUCGCAAAUUGCUACUUGGACGACUCAAAUUUCAUUUUCUUUGUAAUAAACACAAACAACAUGACCGCGGUACGUACAAGCUGCGCCCCGGAUUGCAUGGAGCCAUUCAUGAAGCAAGCUUCCUUACCCCAUUCCCCAUUGCAUCCGAUGGACAUGCUACCUACCUAGGUAUCCUCCCUCGCCAGUCGUCUGCUAUUUCACGUAUAUAUCUCCAUGUCCUUCUCCCCUCUGAUCCCUUUCUCAGAAAUUCGAUUCUUUUUUUCUCACUUGCCCCUUGUGUAAUCCCCAAUCCCAAUCGUAUUGCUAUCUAUUAUUCAGCAGAAGAGAUUGAGCUGCAAACUUUGGCUCCCAUACCCACACCACAUCAUAUUGAUAAGCUUGAUUUGCUCGAAACACAACAUAUAAAACUCGACAGUCGAAGUCAUCAUGGCUAGCCCCGCCACCACAGAGAACAAUGGAUUCAAUAAGGAAUACACCAGUGAAUCCGGUCUCACUCAUACCCAGGACCAUGCCCAUAUCAAUGGAGGAGGUGUUAACAGCAACCCCAAUGCCCACAUCUCACGAGGAUAUGAUUAUGGAGGAAACCCAUUGGCACACAUGAAUACUGGCGAAUCCGCCCGAUUCCCCGCGUUUGGUGGAGAAUUUCAGCCCGGUCUCUAUAAACCUACGACAGAACGAAAAUUCGCCAAUCCCGCACCUUUGGGUCUCAGUGCUUUCGCUCUGACUACCUUCGUCCUGUCUCUCAUUAAUAUCGGAACGGCUGGUGUCACCAAACCCAGUAUUGUUAUUGCGCUUGCGUUUGGCUAUGGUGGUCUUGUUCAAUUGCUUGCUGGAAUGUGGGAAAUGGCAGUAGGAAACACCUUCGGAGCCACCGCACUCUCAUCCUACGGCGGAUUCUGGAUUUCCCUCGCAAUUGUGCUCACACCCGGUGGAUUCGAGAUUGUAUCCUCGUACGAAACCACCGGUUCCGGCGUCAACGAUUUCAACAACGCAUUCGGAUUUUUCCUCAUGGGAUGGUUCAUUUUCACGACCAUUCUCCUGCUUUGCACAUUACGCUCUACCGUUGCCUUUUUCCUGCUCUUCUUCUUCCUCGAUUUGGCUUUCCUAUGUCUUGGAGUCGGUCACUUGCGCGCCAGUGCUACGGGAGUGGCUCUCUCCGGUGCGAUCAAGGCGGGUGGAUAUUUCGGGAUAUUCGCUGCUUUUAUGGCAUGGUAUAAUGCCUUGGCUGGUCUUGCAGAUGAUAGUAACUCCUUCUUCGUCAUUCCAGUCGCUCAUUUCCCAUGGUCUGUUAAGGGACGUGAACGUCGUGGCAAGACUGAGCGCGAAACAGUCUAAAUCUCCACAAGCACAAAAACUCUUUUUCUUUUUGUUUCACAUACAUACAUAUCUUUAAAAAGAAUCCACAAACCUUUCAUGAUAUAUUUUGAAGAUGGAAAUGUGGGUUCAUGAGUUUGUUGGUCGGGUUUCCUUGGAUGCGAUGCGAUAUGAUAGGACAUGGGGUCGGGAACGAAUGAAGGUUAAUUUACGAUACCAUUGCGGAUGAACGGGACGGACAUGUUUGUUUGUUUGUAUGCAUACAUGCAGACGUGAAUGAAUGAUGGAUGGGUGCGAGGGAAAACUAUCGAAUAUAAUUCCUACUUUCUCGAAAACACCUACAUGUCUGUCAGUCAGUCAGUGUCCAUGCAAGGACUGGUUUCGGUUAUGUCAGGACAUGAACAAAAGGCGUGACAGAAGAAGAGACAGAAGAAAGGAAAGCAGGAUCGUAAUACGAACUUUCUCUCUGCCUAUCUACGUCUUUUGGAGAAUAUGAGAACAUGAUGGAUGGAUGGAUUAUCUAUAUUACAUUAUAUUAUUAUCACCACCUCUUAGUGAAUCUUUUAAUAGUUACAUAAUUUUGUUCUUGAUAUCUCAGCUCGUCUCUUCUCAUCUUGACUAUGUCCUUGAUGUAUCGAUCAUAUCACAUCUUGUCUGUCUGUCUGGUUGUCUGUCUAUCUAUAUUGCAUUCCUCCCCCCAAAUUGAGCACAGAUGAGAAAGAAGUAGAGUAAUAGUUUGCCUAAUCUACUUAUUGAAUUCUACACCCAUAUCCUCACUCCCUCUCAUACUUCAUUCACUAUCCACCCAUUCAUACAUACCUAUUCAUUUCCUCUUUCAAGCCUACACAGCUAUUGCCCCUUCAUUAGCUCGUUUAUUUUUCGAUAUAGCAUCUACAUGUAUAUCAUCUAUAUGUACAGCAACAAUUCCAUAGAUAAAUACACA